AUGGCUGAGAUCCGCCGCAAGUUGGUUAUCGUCGGAGACGGUGCCUGCGGUAAAACCUGCUUGUUGAUUGUCUUCUCAAAGGGCACCUUCCCUGAGGUCUACGUCCCCACCGUGUUCGAGAACUACGUCGCCGAUGUCGAGGUUGAUGGCAAGCACGUCGAAUUGGCCCUAUGGGAUACGGCUGGUCAGGAAGACUACGAUCGUCUCCGACCUCUGUCCUACCCCGAUUCCCACGUUAUCCUGAUCUGCUUCGCCGUUGACUCGCCCGAUUCCUUGGACAACGUUCAGGAGAAGUGGAUCUCCGAGGUUCUGCAUUUCUGCCAGGGCCUUCCCAUCAUUCUGGUUGGUUGCAAGAAGGAUCUGCGAUACGACCCCAAGACUAUUGAGGAGCUCCGCAAGACAAGCCAGAAGCCUGUCUCUCCCGAGGAGGGCGAGGAGAUCCGCAAGAAGAUCGGGGCGUACAAGUACCUUGAGUGCUCGGCCAAGACGAACGAGGGUGUCCGAGAGGUCUUUGAGCACGCUACGCGCGCUGCUCUGCUCUCCCGCAACCGCCCUGGCCGUGGCCACAAGGGCAAGUGCAUGAUCCUUUAAGCAGCACAAUCGUUCCACCAAUACAACACCUUCGACAUCCCCGACGCUCGGCAUACUCGUGUAAUAUCUUCGUCAAUUUUCCAAGUUCGUUUACUCACAGAUGGCAACCUGGUGUCGUCUCGUGGCUGCGUUCUCGGAUUAUGACUCUGUCUACGACGGUAUGGCGGAUAGGGGGGGAAAGGCGUUGAACCCGGUAACCGGUGCAUAUGGUCUUGGCUGGAGUUUGAUUCGUCUACCGUCUAACCUCG